AUGACUGAUGCUGCACCACCACAUAAGGCUUUAUAUCGUUGGGAGAAACGUCAAUCAGCACUUGAUCAACCAUCAAAACCAACAAAACAUGAUGAUAUAAAAACUUGGUUACGUCAAGUUGAAAAUGCAUCAUCGAAUGCUGUUGAAACAGUUUUUCCACGUUCAUCUGGUCGACAAACUGGAAAAAUACUUGCCAAUCAAGCAGCUGUUUAUGCUAAAACAACAGAUACAACUUAUACGGAAGCAAGAGCUAUUCUUGAUGAAUGGAUGAAUGAUAAACUUCGACUUGAAGCUGGUCUUAAUGAUAGUGAUGAUGAAGAAAUAGUUCAAUCAAAUGUACGAUCUGUUAAAGAAGCUUGUAAUCUUAGCUUUGAUGAUGAUGAUAAUCAAUUAGAAUUUUUACGAGAACCAAAAGAUUUAUUAACAUUUCAAGACCCAAGUGUUUAUUAUGAAACACACGAUGAAACUGAUCUCGUCAAAGAUAUUCUUCAUGAUUUAAGAAGUAAAGAUAUAUUAACUCGACAACAAUUGAUUGCUAUGGAAAAAAAUAAAUCAUCAACUGUUAAUAUACAAACGAAAAUUGAAGAACGACAUAGACAAGUUAAAGAAAAUCAUGAAAGAAUGCAAAAAGAACGUGAACUUAAACGAAAACAAUUGCAAGCAAAAAAAGAAGCCGAAGCUCAAGCUCGUCUUCUUGUUCUAAAGGAAGAACGUGAACGUGCUUUAAAAGCUAAACAAGAAGAAGAAAUGAUUGAACGACAUGUUGUUGAAAUACGAAAAGAAAUGCAUGAAAAACGUUUACAAGAUGAAGAACAACGAAAACAUCAACGUGAAUAUGACAAUGCUAAAUCAGAACGUACAAAAGCUGAACAAGAACGAUCACGUAAAGAAGAAGAAUUACACAAAUUAAAAGAUAUAGCACUUAAAGAACAACAGGAGCUCAAUGAAAAACGAUUACAAACAUUAGUUGAUGAUUUUAUUCGAAUGAAAUCAUUGACAAUUAUACAAAAACAUUUUUCUGCUUGGCUUAAUGUUGUAUUAGAACGACGUUUACAAAUGGGUCGAGCAGCUGCAUUAGCUGAUUGGAAAUUAUUAUUUCAAUCAUUUAAUUGGUGGAGAAGUAUGGUUCGAACAAAAAAACUCGAAGAAGAAAACGAAGCACAUAUAGCUGAAAUGAAAGUAUUUACAAUGAAAAUGCAACAAGCAAGUUUACAUUAUGAACGAACAUUGUUACGAAAAUCAAUGAUCAUUUGGCAAAUAUAUAUUCGUAAUGAACGUAUUGCUAAAAAUUUAAAAUAUGAACAAGAAACAACAAAGAAAAAAAUUGAUGCAUUUCUUGAAGCUGCAUCAACUGGUAAACUUUGGGACAAUGAACAACAAACACCAGUACAAACAACAACAACAGCAAUGAACUCUGCUUCUACAACCACUCGUCAGCAAUCUCAACAAAUAAAAGCACGAAAAGUGUCGAUAACUACUCGUCGAUCUUCAUUAACUACUCGAUCACGUUCAGCUGUAACAUUUGGUGAUAAAUCAUCAUUACAUACAAGAACUCCAUCAGAUACUAAACUUGAUGAUUUUUUUCAAAUAACAUCUCCACGUAAUGAAGAAGAAGAAUCACAACGAGCCGUUAGUGCUGGUUUACCAUUACCAACUGAUACACGUCGCAUGCGUCUUGAUUUCGAUGAAUUAUCAAGUAGUGAUGAAGAUUUAAGUAAAAAGAAAAUUCGCGAAAAACGUAUUCGUCUUGAAAUGGCUGAACAUAAAUCUACAUCACGUGCUAUGAACGCAUUUGAACAUCGUUAUAAUACUCAAAUGAAAAUGCUUAAAGAACAAAAUCGUUUACUAAAAGAUCAACAAAGAAUGAUAGAAGAACUUAAAUAUCAUCAAGACCAACAAGCUCUUCAUAAUCAAAUUUCAAAUCUUGAAGCAUUAAAAGCACAACAAAAUGAAAUGGAAGAAAAACAACGAAAACAAUUAAUAACUGAUCGACGUCAUGCAACUGCUCUUAUUCAAGCACAUAAUCGUGGAGAAUUACAAAAACAAUUAAAUACAAGUCGAUUGGAUCAAACAUUAACUGAUCGACCAACAGCAAGAAAUGAUAUGUUAUUAGCAAAUAUGGAAGAACGAGCACGAAGACGAUAUGCAUUAAAAACAGAACGUGAAGCUAAACGACGAGCUAUUGAAGAAGAAAAAUUAGCUAAAGUACAACAAAUGAUGGAAGAAAAAAUUCGACAAGAAGAAGAAGAAAAAUGUUUAAAAGCUGAAGAAGCACGAGAAAAACGACGUCUGGAAAAAGAACGUGAAUUAGAAAGAAAACAUUGGGAAGAACGGUUACGAUUAUUAAAUGAAAAAGCUGAUAUUCAUUGCAGACUCUUUCGAAUGCGUCAUUAUGGAUUAAAUCCAUUAAAAAAACUUAUUUUAAUUCGGCAUCAACAAAUACAAACAGCCGAAGAACAUUAUAAUUAUAUUAUUGUACAACGUACAUUUAAUGUUUGGCAUGAAACAAUACGACGAGAUAUUGAAAUAAAAACAAAUCGUGCUUUAGAAUUUCAUGAACAUUUACUUUAUCGUCGAUAUUUUACUUCAUGGCAACGAUAUAAACAUCAAACAGAAAUAGCUGAAGAACGAGCCGAAAGACAUUAUAUGCAUCAAUUAAUGAUAAAAACAUUUAAAAUAUGGCAAGACUAUACACAAACAGAAAUAAUACGUUUAUGGCGUUUAGAUGAUAUAGCUAAAGAACAUAAUAUUAAAAGAGUUUUAAAAAAUACAUUUAUUAUUUGGCGUCAAUAUCCAAUGGAAAGACGAAAAGAACGUGAAAGAGAAAAACGAUUGACAGAAAUGCGUUUAAAAGUUAAAGAUUUAUUACCGGAUUUUCGAGGAACAGAAUCAUCAUCAUUAAAUGCAAUUAAUGGCAGUGAUAAUAAAACUUAA